CCGAAACGUCAAAUUCAUUUGCUGUUUCUUAUUAUUAUUACAGAUAAGUAUAUAUUUAUAUCUUAAAACUCACCAUAAAAUCGUGCCGCCUCAAAUAAAUAACUUGCAAACUAUUUAACAAUGUCACAGUCAAACGACGAAUAUCACCAUGUAGUUAAAGGAAAACUGAAACUCAAAGUUGAAAAAAACACUUCAAAGAAGAAAAAACACAAGAAGGAUAAACAUAAAAAAGUGUUAGAGCAAGUAACCGUAAACACUGAAAAAACCCAACAAGAUGUACAACCUCAACAACAGCGCACAAAGGCUGAAAUAUCUUUUUUAAAAAUGCAAGAGAAGAUGCAAAAAGAAAAAAUAGCACAGAAGGCUGCAAUGACUCAUAAACAACGCGUUGAAAAAUUUAAUCAGCAUUUGGACAGUUUGACAGAGCAUUUUGAUAUACCAAAAGUAUCUUGGACUAAAUGAAAUUAUGCCUUUAAUAUGUUAACAAAAUUUUUCUUAAAAAACAUAAAUGUAUCCAUGUGUUAUUAGUAAUCAC